AUGACCUAAAGAUUGUAGUAGAUUAUUAAGAAUCUAAAUCAGAAAAUUGGUAAUAGCUUAUUCAAUCCCUUCAUCAAAGAUAAUAGGAUAUUUACCUAAACAGAAAACAUAAUCAUCUCUGUUGGCUAAUAUUUUAUAAGUGACUAAAACUCUUUGAGAAGAUUGUCCUUUAAAAAUUAAAAAAUGCAUUUUAUAAGUUAGUGA